CUCGUACGAUUGAUCAGGCGACCUGGGUGAUUAAGCGAAAAGAGAGCUGAGGUGUGCAUAUAAAUUUCGUCGAUCAAGCCCAAAGUAGGCAAGUACAGCCACAAGUGGAAAGUGCACCAUGAAGGCUCUCGUACUGUCGCUGUUUCUUCUGAUCGCGCUGGUUCAUGGGUUCCCAGGUAUGUCUUUUAAACACGAGACUUUCUGGUGCAUUUUAAUUUAAAAGUCAUUUUUUUUACGUCACUAUCGCUAUUUUACAAAAGCAGCUAUAUGUCGAAGGAGAAUGACCUUUUCCAGGAUGGGUUUUGAAUGUGCUUUACUGUAUGUUUUCCGAAAUUCGAACGAAAAAGAAACAGCGGGGAACUUUAUAAAAUAAGUUGUAUCUCUCAACUGAAUAGUUAGCCACAUUUUUCACAAAGCCAAUUUUGUUUUAGUGAGACAGCGGAAGUGUCUUUAGCCCGUUCAUAUGCUUUUUUUGUGUGCGUUUUUUGUUUUGUGGUUGUAUACUUAUAAAGCAUUGUGACCACUGACAUUUUUUUUUUUACCGGCAGCAAACCUGGGAAUCAAAACGCCGAAAAAGGAUUCGGACCAGGACUGGAAAUUUGAAGACUGGAAGGCGAAAUGGGGAAAGAUAAAGAAGUUGGGAGGACCAAUGAAACAGGACGACCAAACUGGUAUGUCAGUGAUUCGUUGGUGCGUCACCAACCCUUACGAAAUGAAGAAGUGCGAAAGAAUGGCGAUGGAAUUCAACUACAAAGUCCAGCCUCGGAUGCAAUGGAGCUGCGUAAUGGCGUCAUGCAAAGAAUCGUGCAUGAAGGAGAUUCAAAAUGAAAAUGCAGACAUCAUGACUGCCGAAGGUGACGAGAUUUACACGGCCGGGAAGAUGCACAACUUAAAGCCGAUCAUGGUUGAAAAGGAGGACUAUGUCGGGGUUACCAACUAUGAUACGAAGUUUAAGAAGUUUGAAGAAGCCGACGGUACCCUCAAGCAUUAUUCCGUUGCUUUGAUUAGGAAGUCCACCACCGGUAUCAACAGUUUCCAAGACUUGAGUCAGAAGAAAUCAUGUCACCCUGGCGUGGACUCAAAAGCCGGUUUCAAGUCCCCGGUUUGUUCGCUGAUAAAGAAAGACAUCGUACCCGAGGUCGGAAAUGUGUACGAGUGCGCCGGGGAGUUUUUCAGUGACAGCUGCUUACCUGGCGUGCAACACGACAAAUUCAACCCCAACAUGACAAACCCGGAAUCUCUGUGCAAGUUAUGCAAAGGUAUGUGAAAUUUGAGGAAUCGAAAGGUUUUAAGUUUCUUGUUUGUGCGCAUUUCAGUAAAUCACUAUGACGCGCUCAGCCGGUGACCCGUUGUUCACGUGGCGGUUUUUUUUGCUAUAAAUUUCAAAAGGUUCUACAUACCAAAUGGCUCUCAGUGGCUUUAUUUGUUGACCCAAUAUCCAACAAAUAGAUUAUUUCUGACCUGAAUUGAUGCAACUAUGUCAAAUUGAGUGUUUUCGCUGGUUUUAGCGAGAGUUUUACGUUUUUGCACCCAAAAAAAGAAAAGAAAAGAGACGAGAAGAAAAUUUAGGUUAAGAAUUUUAGGAUCUGUGUACGCAAUAUUGAAUUGGAAAAAAUGAACGUAAAGAUCUGUUCAGGUAUGCGUGCGAUAAGGAGGUUACUGAAGUUGAAGUUUCAAGAAACAGAUUUUUUACAUCACGUUCUGUAGCAACAUGACCCUUUUUAAUUUGAGGGCCGGAAAUUAACACUAAAAACUAAAUCCUAUCGAAAUUUUACUCGACUUAAAAGCAAAUGUACAAGCCCAGGCCGAAAUUACAUUUCAGCAGAAUUCUGUUUGAUAAAAAAGUUGAGACAAAGUGCUCACUAAAUGCGGAAAAUCAAAUCGCACACUUGUCUGAAAGUACUCUUUAAUUUCGCUUUUUUUUUGAGAUUCCUGAUCUUCCGUUUGUUUUAAAAAAAGAAACCUCAAGUGCUUUAGUGCCAAUAGUUCAUUUCCUGUUUUCAGAUAAAAUGGAAAAUCACCCGUUAUCCAAAAGUAUUAUUUCAGAUCUCGUUAUGGGUGAUAAAGAAAAGAAAAACGGGUAUGCAUUUGAGGGCGAUCGAAAGUUCUUUUCAAACUCGCUGUAAAGUGACACCCAAAAAUAAUUAGUUCCUUUCUUUUGUUUAUCAGGGAAAGCAUAUGCUUACUUAGUUCAUGUGACUCGUGGCUCGUGAAUGAUAUCGAAUGAGAUGACUGCAAAAGAGGUCAUCCUCUGCAUGAGUUCAAAAUUGUUUUCUGAUGCACCGCAACUUUUCGAGGGGGGGGGGGGGGAGUUCCCCUUAUGCUUGUAAAAAAUGUGGAAAGUUACUCAAUGGAAUACCAAAACAUUUUCCGAAACAAUUUCCAAAAAUCCAAAAAAUUGCUACCUAAAUUUUAAAAGUUGCCUUCAUAAAUUCUUUAAAACUUUUAUGUAACCGUUUACUCAAGGCUUUAUUUUUCGUUAUUCACAGUAAUUGCUGUCAUCUGUCAAGGAAAAUAGCUUGAAACUUAGCUUUAAGGAGUUGCUCGCAAUAUGGGCGAAAUUUAUUUAAGGAUACCUACCGUAGGUCUAAAGGAACAAAACACAUGGUUCGUCUUCUGCGUUAAAAUUGCUUAGAAAAGCAAAAACUGUUCGAAGUAGCUAGAAUCACAAAAAGUUGCUCCAAACGCCAAAAGUUGUCGCUCAAAAGUUGCCGAUGACAAUCGGGAGUGUCAGGGGGAGGGGGGUGGAAGUUUUUUGUUUGGAUCGCAUAGCUAUCGGGGGGAUAGGGGAAUCAGUCAUCGCCAACAGAGUAUAAAGGCGGGAAUUUAGAAAAUUAACUGCCAAUUAACUGUCAGUGAGGAUGGGACGGGGGGGGGAGGGGAGAUUGUUAGAAUAUGACAGGGCUUUAUGAGGGGAUCAGGUAGAUUUCUUCGUGACACAACCAGGGACUCAUGUAAAUCAGAUAUGUAAGCAAUCAUUCAAAACAAGUUUACUCUCAUAAUGUUAUUUAUGGAUUCGUUUCGGAUCAAGGAUAGUUGUGUGUGAGUAUAUUGUUUUCUCUCAACGAGUAAUUACAGCUAUUAUGCAUUUCGCAAUUUCUUAAGAAUUAUCAAAUGGAUCUUCGAUCGUAUUAAUAAUGCGUUUCUCAAGAACAUGAAAAGAUAAUGAAAGACAUGACUAGGUAUUCACGGGAAUUUUGCAGAUUACAUCUUUUUAACCCCUUCACUCCCAAAUCGUAUUAGUAAUUCUCCUUAAAGUCUGUCGUACAAUUCUUAUGACGUUGGUUCGAAGAAUUAUCAUUGGAUCAGCUAAAAAUCCCCUUAUUUAUACUUUUCUUGAUUCUCAUCACUAGUGUGUUUGAUAUUUUACUGAUAUUGUGAAGAAAAAUUCUGUCUGGGUCACUCAUGAAAGUUAAGGGGUUAAAUCCAUGUGGCCGAAUGAAUCUACUGCAUAUAUAACUUCCGAUUAUUUUUGGCCGCUCUCAGAAUACUACUUUACACAUACAUACCUGCUGUGUACACAGUAUUUUAAAAAGUUUUUCAUUAGGCAAACAGAUCAAACUAUUUAAAUAAUUCUAAUUAACUUUCUUUUUGCUGCAAGAUAAGUCUUUGGUCUUGUGGCAAAGUGAGAUUUCAUGUGCGAUUUCUCACGACGUCUUUCACGUACUAGCAUCAUCCAGAUAGUCACUAUUAUUACGUGCCUUUAUGCUUAAAUUGUGAUUUUGCAUGCAUAAUAUAUAGCGAAAAAAAAGCAAGAAAAAGAAAACAAAAGAAAAAAAAGAAAGGCCGAAAGAACGAAAGGAAGAAAGAACGAAAAAAAGAACAUGCAACAACAAAUCUGAGGGAUUUCUUCUUUUUUGUGUGUGUUUCACUCAGGAGAACAAGAUAAAGAUGAGGAGUUCUGCAAGACCCUCUCAGACAAGGAGCCGUACUAUGGAUGUGACGGGGCACUGAAGUGCCUUCAAGACGGAAAAGGCGAUGUGGCUUUCUUCCACACGCGCGAUAUUUUGAUGAAGUACGACACAUUUUCACAAGAGUUUGAUAUCGUUUGCAAGAACGGGAAGCGUACUUUGACAUGGCAAAACUUUAUGACACCAGAAUGUCGUCUAACUGAGGAACAUCCCCAGGUAUUUGACUUCAGCGGCUGUUAUGUAUUUGAAUUCGCAGACGUAAGGCUAAACAUCCGGGGCGAGGUUAGACCUAAGCUCAGCCAAAGACAUUCGUUUGUGUUUAUAAAACCCUUUCACAGUGCUCCAUUUCAUCCAAGAGUAUAAAACGGGUAUGAACAAUCUGUUAUGGCAACCCUGCACAAUACUAUGGAGGGGUGGGGAGGGGGGGGGAAGCUACUUGCUUUAUCAUCUCCUGCGGGAGGAAAAGCAAUUGUCUUUUCACGCCAAAGGAACCACAAUGAGCUUUAGCGUUGUGGAUAAAUUUAACUCUUGUGUAGAAUAUCUUAUAUUUCUUAUUGAGGUGAAUGGUUCGGGCGACUUGCUGAUUUUCAAAUUUAAGACAAAUUUAUUUUAUACGUUAAUAAGAGCUUGAAAUUCUAUUAAGAUAAUAUAACAAAUAUCAUUUGUUCUCGCAUAACACACAGCGUUUUCUUUGCCCACACAGGUUUUGAUGGUAAAUGGUAAGAAACCGAAGAACUGGAUAAAAAAAUGUGUUGAUGCUCUCACCGACGCCUCAACAAAAUUCUCGUCACCAACCAGCGGUGAGUUUGGUCUGUUUGACUCCACCCCAUAUUGCACGAAGGAUGACAGUGAUGAGAAAGGAAGCGAGCUGACGGACGGGCUAUUCAAGUGGGACGAAAAUGUCAUGAAGAAAAAGGACCUAAUCUUCAAAGACUAUUCUGGUUCUCUGAAACCUAUUCCAGAGGUAAUGUCGGUGAUAUUGUCAAUACGUGGUCCUUUAAGGUGGCUCUAGACAUUAUAUAUUCAAAUAGGAAUAAGAGAAUACGGAAAAAUUGUUAGUGACAAAUCAAAUAAAACGAGAUGAAAUUGAAAUUUUGGAAAUCACUCAGCGUUAAUCGAAGCUUAAAGGGAAAGUACAGAAAAUUUCCAACUCUGAAUAAUUAUGCUCUCUGCAAAUAUUCAAUGUAUACGAGACGCAAUAUAUAGCUCUGAUUUGAUAGUUAUUUGCUUAACGCUGCCACAAGGGGGCGUAAUUAAUUCCUUACAGUACACACACACCCACACACACACUUUCAUUUGCCGCUGACAUGAGAUACACUUUUAACCAGUGAUCAUAGAAAGCUAUUUGGUUGUCUUAGGUUGACAGCAACUGAAACGGGUAAGAAGCAAACGAAACAAGAAAAGAACACCACAACAAGCUCAGGAGGGUCUUUCGUUUAUUCAGAACCGUUAUUUUCUUUUCUUUUAGGAUGAAAGAACCUACGACAAUUUCCUUGGCAAUGAAAUGGUCGGUGUGUGGAAAACCUGCGAGCAGUUAGAGCCCAAACCCCGCGCUUUCAUCUGUGUUGUUGGAGACGACCAAAUGCAAAAAUGCCAGGAUAUGAUCAAGAAAUUCCAAACGAUAACUGGUAAGUUUUAACGUUUGCAGAGCAGAUUAUUGCGAACUUUUGUCGGGAAAUAUUUUGCAGCAAUGUUCGGAUCAUGACCGUAUUUCAUGGCCAACUUUCUCAAACAGUUCUUAAAAAGUUCUAGAAGAAAACACUUACCUUUUCCCUUGGCAAUUGUCACGAUGUAGUGAACGUAGAUCAUCCUCAAAACCUGUGCCAUUCUGAAGCAAAAGAAAGAAGUCUAACAGCAGUUUUCUUGAAUUAGAUUAAUGCUGUUUAGUAACUUAAGAUAGGGUUUGCCACGAAUUCCUUCAACUAGCUUUUAGCUGUAUCACUAUUGUUGUCACUAAGAUAAAAUUAUCUCAGCCACCGGUUACCGUUUUUGUUUAUCAACAGAGGUCAAAAAAGUGUCCUGGGGCUGUAUAGAGGCACCUUCUAAGCAAGAGUGCGUAGAAAUGGUGGCUUAUGGCCAAGCUGAUAUGGUCGAUCUUAACGCGAUCGAAAUGUUCGUGGCAGGAAUGGAUUUCAAUCUGGCUCCUUUAGUUGCGGAGAAUUACAAGGAGUAAGUAUGACAAUUGUGCAGCUUGAUGACAAUCUAAAUCUUAGAUUUGUGUUUCAAUGAGAUAAGCGGGGAAAUACCGACAAGGAAAAGAUUUUAGGCAACAAUAACGAGUGAAAAAAUCGCCAUCAGAAGAUAUCUUUAGGGUGUAAAUAACAGGAUUAAGGGAAGACUCUCUCCCAUUCUACCUAAAGGAAACUCGUGUGUAAACCACCGCCUAUUUCGAAAAUGCUGAAAGUGCGAAAAGCAAAUACUUCCUAGUCGUAGGUCCCAAAAAUGUGCGUGAAUCAAGAACUGCGGUUAGCCGCAAAUUGAAUUAAGACCUUCAAAUUAUAGAAGCGCUGCCGAACAUGUUGCAAUAAUGUCUAUGAGAGCGUGAAAAAAUGUUGAAUCUUUAACUCAGGGAAAAAAAAAGAAAGCUUUACGAUGCAGACAAAAGCGACAUAUUUCAUGGACUUGCCGUUUCCUGCCUUUUAAUUAAGUGACUUUAAUGUAUAUACCAGUGCGCAUUAUUUAUUUACUGCCAAAAUUUCACUUUCGCUCUAACAGUAAAGAUCCAAUGACAGAAAGUAUCACCAUCGGUGUCAUGCGCAAAGACAUCAAGAACGAUUUUCCAGAGAUGAAGGGUUUGAAAAUGUGCAAUGGAGGUGUGGACAAACUCAGUGGAUUCCUGCACCCUAUGGGCUGGCUUAUGGCUAAUGGCACCGUACCAAGAAGGCCCACGCCUUUGGAAUCAAUUGGGUUAGUUCAUUAUUUAUACGCAAUCAUGCAACAAAAAUGCGAGUUUUGAGGAAGAUUGGAAAAAUGUUACAUAGAGAAUCUCUUUUUUUUUCUCCCUCAUACGAAGUUAGUCUAACCCUAAAGCUCUGUUAUAUUUUAGAAAAUACUUUGGCAAGAGCUGCGUGCCCGGUAUUGACAAAAUGGACCUCACCUCUCACCCACUGCUUUCACGCACACUGAACUGGAUAGGCAUGUCCAAGGACAAGAUUGUAAGAUGGGAGGACUGGUUCAGUGCCCCUCUCUGGCGUUUGUGGCAAGACAAGCAGGACGGUAAAAGUGUCGACUACAUAGCCAUGCACAAGAUCGAGGACUUUCAAUGUCCAGAGUUUAAGGCGAUGAUUGAAGAAAUGGGCUCUUUCAAUCCACGCAUGCGUAAACACUACACACCGAUGAUUCAUGAGAUCCUUGAGAAGGUAAAUACUUUAUAUCGAAACCAAAUAUAUCUUAAAGAGAGGCUGAUAAACGAAUCUAGACCGUUUUAAUGUCCUACUACAACAGUCUCAGUUGGUGAGACCGCGUUUAAGUCAGAUUCCUGAAGGGUAGAUUAUUGAAAAAGACCAAGAGAAUCGCACACUUGCUUACUGAAUAUGAUUUGCACGAAAAUGUAAGUGGUGCUUUGAAAAACGGGCAUUCAGAAACAUCCAACUCCUCCAAUUUAAUGGUCCCACUAGCUGUAAAACCAAAAUCUUACCAGGCUCUCAAAUCUUAUGUCCACCAGCUUCCUGUUGAAAAUGAUGGCUAUCCUCAAGUGCUUCCUCUCACUGAAAUUAAGAACAAUCUUUCCCGUCUUGCAAAAGAUAAACCUAACUGAAGUAUUUUUCCUAGAAAUAAAAAUUAUUAGGCUUUCUAUUCAAUCAUCUCUUAGAACUGAUUGCCUGCCAUUUACCUUUGUGAAGAUCAGGAAAAUCGGUUUUCAAAAAUGUAGUUUUUAAACAGCAUGUGCAACUUCAAUACACAUUUGCAUGUCGUUUUUCUUGCACGAUAGACUGGGAAGGAUUUCAAGUGGGAAAACUACGAAGGCUUGAAAGAUUUCUAUGGCUUUAAGAUGCCUGAGUGGAAGAUGAUCGGGUGGGUUUGGCACAAACCUGAAGACUGGACAGAAGAGCAAUGGGCGUUCUUUCAGAUGUGGGCCGAGCGCUCCUGGGAUCAAAAGGAAGACUUGGCGUUUUACGUUGAGAAGUGGACGGAUGAAGACUGGAAGACAUUUAAGUCCUGGAUGGACGCAGAGUUUCAAGAUUACCAUAAAUAUGACAAGUCUUUACAUAAGGAUACUUUUAUCAGGUAAUCAAGGACGAAUCCUGAAGUUUUUAAAUAUGCUAAGAAAUAUUUUAACGAAAAUACAUUUGAAUACUUCAAAUAGGCUAGUAACUAGUGAUCUCACUGUCCCAAGAACUUUGAUGUCCGACGAAAGGUGAAGAGACCCACAGAUCUGAUAAGGGAGAAGGGGUGUGGGGUUCGGUUUUAUCUCUUUUUAUUUUUACUGCGAAAAAAGAACAAAGAGCUAUCGAGAUUUUUGAAGCUAAUACGUUAAAGUACGAAUAACAUAAGUUAUUGUAUAGAUUAUAAUUUCCAAAACUCGUAUAUGCGGUUAAUUUGUUUCAUUUUCCAGUUUUUUUGAGAGCUUUAGAGAGUCAAAUAUGACAUUAAGCCAGUGAUUCUAAUAAUCCUUGGGUCUCAGUAAUUUUAGUCCAGCGACAUUUAUUAAUAAAUAUUCAUUUUGUUGUACCUCCGUAGACUUACCCUCUUGUGCUCUCGUUACUAUUGGCUGUUGAAUGAAUGGAAGAACCUCCAGUAUGACGACAUCGACAUGAGACAAUACCGUGAAAAGUUGUGUGAUCUCUGUGCUGGCCAAGGUGACAAGAAAUGCUCCAUGGAUUCUAGCAUCGAAGAUUACUACGGCUACCAAGGAGCAUUGAAGUGUCUCGAGAAGAAACAUGGCAAUGUUGCUUUCAUCGAUGCCUACACUUUUGACGAUACCAUCAUAGAAAAUUCUUAUAGUAAAGACGACUUUGUUCUCUUGUGCCCUGAUGGUAAAACUGUAGAGUACACUGGAGCUGAUUCUUAUGAAAAAUGCAACUUUGGUCGUGUACCUUCCCAUGCACUCGUCACCUGUAACAUGCACGAUGGCAUAUGGCGAUGGAAGGUUACCAAAGCCUUGCUUGAAGCUCAGAAAGUCGUGCCACAACAGGUAUUCAAAGAUUGCAUAUUCAGCAAGAACAUGGAGAGCUUGACACCUAUACCAUUUGUCAACCAGACCUACCAAGUAAGACUUGGCCCGAUGUUCCUUCGUGCCAUGGAAAGCCUCGUGCAACCACCAGGUAAUACAUCCUUCCAACACAAUCUUUUUAAUUACGUUUUGAAGGUAUUGUACUUAGUCGACCGUUAUACAUCUUGAAUUGGCAGACUUUAGGUCAAAGAUGCAGGCGUAGGUUAGGCCUUUGCUCGGCUAAAGACAUUCUUUGAUGUUUAUGAAACCCGAUGCUUUCACAGCCUUGGUGUCAUGAUCAUGGCCUAAUUUUGCUCGCGUGUUUUAAUUAUGUUUCGAAUAGUUGUAGAUGCAUGAUUUGGCUAUGAUCCUGAGAGAAUUCCGGCUUAUUGGUAACUUUCUGAGAAAAUGAAUUCAUGUCAGGAGCAGUCGUUUUCUCGCAGAGCAUUCGCACGAACGACGUUACGCUACCGAUCAUCUUUCAUGGCAUAGCUUACCUCGAUUCGAUCGUUGCAUAUGUGCUUGUUCCUAAAUCUUUCUUCCUUGUAUUUCCUCGGCAGUUAAAGUGAAAGAAAUGAAAUAUUACGCUGAUGAUUGCCUUGGGGAAGAAUGCGACGGAGAUGAAGAGGACAGGCCCGCCUGUGAUGAUUGUCUAGAGGGUGACAACGUGUGUCUUGAGAACUGCUGGGAUGAAGAACCCGUAGAAAUAGAAAAACUGCCUUUCCAACAGAACGAUAGACCAAUGUUCCAAGGCUAUCAGAUUCCUAAGAAACCUGACUAUCUAAAAAUAACAGGAAAACACGGAGGGAAGAAGAUCCUGAUGGGUGGUGUGAAAAAGAUUACUCUUUGGAAGCCAAAAUCCCGGAAAACCGGCCGGAUUAUGGGCAAAAUGCAAACGAGUACGAUGGAAUUCGGCAUGAAAGGACAUAUGAAUCACCAUGAUCAUAUGAGAUCCAUGGAUGGGUUUAUGAUGGGUUCUCAGCCUGGCAUGCGACUUAUGAAGCACGGAGUGAUGCCAACAAUGCAAGGAAGGAUGUUUCCACAUCCUAAGAUGUCUGCCGGACCAAAAAAGUUCGGUAUGAAACAUAUGAUGAAGUUUGGACCCAUGAUGACAUCUGGCGUGGACAAAAUAUACAUGACGCCUUCAAAAGUGAUGGGAAUGCAUCCUUUUAAGCCUUCGUCCAAGUCAAUGAUGAUAACGAUGAAGAUGAUGGGCAAACAGCAGUUCAUGAACGAGCCAAUGCAUGGCGGUAAAAUGGCCAACCAUUUCAUGGAAACUGGUCCACUGAUGCACAGUCGUAAAUCCAUUCGCGGCGAGUUUUACACCAACGUGAUCUUUGUCCGUGAUGGUACCUGUAACACAAUUGUUCAUGACCUUACCUGCUUUGGAGAGAAGAGGAUCAUAAGAAUGAAAGCUGGACGUGUCAGCCAAACUCCUAUCUCUGUCCCCAUGUGUCCACGACCUACUGUCUUUAAGAACACCACCGCCAUAUUUACGUGCGACAAUGGUGCCAGCUUUGUAAAGCCCAUUUCUCUUCCCUUGAAAUGCGCCUAUGCGCCUUGCAAACCAGGAUUCUGGCUCCCUGAUUGGUCAAAUGAUCAGUACUGGCAAGGAGACAACUCGUAUACUGGCGGCGAUCACUGGGGAAACAAGCCUUGGUGGAUGCUUGCCAGGCGACAGGAAAAUGACAACUUUUUCUUGGCAGCACGAGACGAGAAUCGCGUGUUUAAAAAUUCCCAAAAGGGCAAACACUAAGAAACAGAACCAGAUGAAGAAUGUUCUUUUUAAGAGGUCAAAACAUUCAUUAAAUACCGGACUGGUCAACUGGACUUACAAAACAGGAAUAAAAAUCAAAAACAAGAAAAGUACCAAAAAAAAGUUUAAUGGGUUAAAGGGUGCAAAACUUGUAGAUUUACUUAAAUUUUUUCAUAUAACAGGGGUAAGAUUUUGUGCUAUGUUUGUUCACUUUUAUCUGAUCAUCGAACUAGAUUAAUGCUUUACGUGUGUUUUUUUUAUUUUUUAUUUUUUUUGCCUAUUAUGGGAAUCACCAUAUUUACGGUUUUUUCCUUCAACAAGGGCAACUUUGUGUGAUCACUUAUUUUUGAUUUCCCGAAUUUCCCGUUUGAAAUAGUGUUAAAGUGUGUCGGAAUUAAAGAGCAUUUCACAGAAUAUUUACUGACUUUUGCAUAUAUGAUACACAAAUGGGGAAACUUGAUGGCCUAUUUUUCCCAGCAGCGCACCCUCGAUCAUAAGUUCCCCGUUCGCAUACCAGGCUGGGAUGAUCCUUUUCAGAUGUUGGACAGUCUCCCUUUUUACAACGUGGAAGGAUGUCUGCGAACUUUGUGGAACAAUUGAAGAUACACUUGGGUGGGUAAAGGGGCGGAGGGGGGGGGGAGGGUUGCUAUCGAGUAGCCCAACCGCAAGACUGAGUAGAAAUAAUCAUUUAGUCGUGAUUUGGGAUUUAGGUCCAAAAAAAAAUUGCAAACCAACUUGUCUUGAAACAAGAAACGGCUUUCACCUUCCAUCGGUACUGGAACAAUUAACCAAAAACACUUCAUAGAUUCUUUCAUUAUGUAUCAACUCUUGUGAACAAUUCAAAAGACAGUGAGAAAUGAGAGGUAAAGUUCAUAAAAGCCAUUUCCUUUUUUUUAAUUGUUUCUUUUUCGAAGACGCGAUCUGUUACACAGCCCUUACCUAUGCUUUGGGGAAAAAAACGGCUGGAUUAGUUAUAAGGCAAGG